AUGGCGUCGGUCAAGAUCUUUAGCUUGGCCGUCAAGACGCUUGCCAAGCCUAUCGCUUCGACUAUCAAGCAGCAGGCCGUGACUCAUGACAGCUUCCGGCGCAUCUGCGUCAACUUUGCCCAGCAGUUGAUGCACCGUACGGAGGCGCGUAUGCGCAUGGGGCUGCUGAACGAGGAGGCCAAGAAUAUCAAGCCCCUCAACGAAGCAAAGGCCGUGCAAAAUGGCGCGUCCAUGAUGGCCGAGUCCUUCCUGUUCGCUCUCGGAGCAUCACUUGUCCUCGGCGAGACAUACCGCUCCUCGCGGAAGAAUGAGAAGCGACGAGACCAGGUCACUGAUCGCCUCGAGGACCUCGAGGCCGCCGUGGAGAAACUCAACGAGCACGCUGCACAGGACGUGCGGCACCUACAGGAGAGGAGUGAGGCCCUCGAGCGCACCCUCAAGACAGUCGUGUCCAACGGGCUGCGUGCCGGCUGGCUCAGCCUUGGGCACCACGAC